AUCCGUGCCCCGGUCUGUUAAGGUGAUGUGUUAGCAUUGUGGCCACAGUCUUACUUACAUGUGUGGUUAAAAGUAAAGGAAGAACAUCCCAUAAUACUGCUCUAAAAUGGACAUACUUAAAGCUGAAAUCGCGCGGAAGAGAAAACUGCUCGAAGAAAAGCAGCUCGUGGACGACUCCAAAAGGUUCUUUAAAAGGGCAGAUCUUGCACGAAAGGAACAAGAAGAUUAUUUCAGAAGAUGUGGAUACAAGGUUGAUGUUCAGAGAGAGACUCCUGAGAGCCAGAUUGACAAGGCAGAGGAAGACGAACCAUCCACUUCAGCGAAUCCAGUGUUAGAGCUGGAACUGACGGAGGAGAAGUUGCCGAUGACAUUGUCGCGGCAGGAGGUUAUUCGACGGCUUAGGGAGCGGGGGGAACCGAUCCGGUUGUUUGGAGAGUCUGAUUAUGACGCCUUCCAGAGACUCAGGAAAAUUGAGAUUCUGACCCCAGAAGUAAACAAGGGUUUGAGGAAUGACCUGAAGGCAGCCAUGGACAAGAUCGACCAGCAGUACCUGAACGAGAUCGUUGGAGGAACAGAGCCAGGGGAAGUGGACACACAGCAUGAUCUGAAAGUGCACGAAGAAAACACCACCAUAGAAGAACUUGAGGCUCUUGGAAAGACGCUGGGUACAGGUGAUGACGAUGGAGACCAGGAUGUUAUCGACAAAUUUUUGAGUUUUCUUCUCGGUGUUUGGGCCAAAGAUCUGAACAGCCGAGAAGACCACGUGAAGCGCAGCGUUCAGGGGAAGCUGGCCAGCGCCACACACUCACAGACUGAGUCGUACCUCAAGCCUCUCUUCAGGAAGCUCAGGAAGAAGAGUUUGCCAGCUGACAUCAAAGAGUCGAUCACAGACAUCAUUAAGUUCAUGUUGGAGAGAGAAUAUGUCAAGGCAAAUGACGCAUAUCUACAGAUGGCUAUCGGCAACGCUCCCUGGCCUAUCGGUGUGACGAUGGUGGGUAUCCACGCCCGUACCGGACGAGAAAAGAUCUUCUCCAAACACGUGGCCCACGUUCUCAAUGACGAGACGCAGAGGAAGUACAUUCAGGGACUGAAGAGGCUAAUGACUAUCUGCCAGAAACACUUCACCACCGAUCCCUCGAAGUGUGUCGAGUACAAUGCUCUUUAACUUUGCCUUGACGCAGACUUUUGAGUCCAUCACAAGCUCAGUUUUGGUUUCUGGUGCGACUGACCUGGUGGUUGUGGCAGAGAAUUGUCUAAAUCUUCUACGCUAAGGGGCCUGCAGGCACGCAUGCAUUUCUCAGGGGAUUACUGUCCGAGGAAAUGCAUAAUUAAACAGGAGUGGGGUGAGUCAGUCCGGUUAAAUACAGUCGAAAUUAUGCCAAGUUAUAAGUGUUACACAAAUCUCUCAGAUUUAACUGGAGCACACUCAGUAAACCCUUGAGUCCUGCUAGCCUGGUCCUCGUUGACUUCUGGGAAAGCCUGUCAUGCCAUUUUUGCAGCCACAAGUCCUCACAGUUUCUGAGAACAUAAAUGUACAUAAAUGCAGGUAAUAUUAAAAAGUGUGGAGUUUUAGCUUCAUUUACUGUUCUCGGCUAUAAAAAACAGAAAAGGUAUCGCUUUAAUAUUGGCUUUUUAAAAAGAUAUUUUCAUGCUGUGGAAAGCCUUUUGGAAAGAGGAAGUAGUGUAAGUUUUAUUACACCUGAGAAACACAUAUUGACAUGCUGUAACUACUGCAGUUUAAUUUCUAUGUACAUGUUUUCAGCAGAUAGUGAAACCAAUCAACGUGUCACUGUGCCAUCUUAGUGGGAAAAUAAAGUUCAGUUUUAUUAUACCAGCUGUCGGGAUUGUUAGUUUUUAUGCUGUGUGAAAAGUUAAUUUCCCCUUUCAAGAUAAAUUUUGCUCUGUAAUUGUCGAGAUUUUCCUCUUUCGCCUUCUGCAGCUGGACUGCUGAAUGGGACUAUUUUUAGUCACCAUAGUUUGUUUUGUCAUUAGGAAAGAAAGACGUGUCUGCAGAGGAGCGUUCUCUCUAAUAAAGAACUAUCACCAU